AAAAAAAAAUAAAAAAAAUCCAAAUCCCAAAAACGCAAAGCAUAUCAAAAGAUAGUCACGAAAUGGAAAUAAUGGGAACAACAAUGAAUCUUCUAAGCCAAGCUCUUCCGGGUGCCUUGUCUGCAACUCAUCGUUGUUCCCUCAAAUUCACUCACCCUAUCCCUCCCCUUUUUACCCAUCGCCGGCCCACUAAACUCAGCCCAAUUAACGGCCCAUUAAAACCCCUCACUAUUGUUAACGCUGAAUCUUCUUCCGGUCAAAGUUCUACUGUUACUACUACGUCCGGGUCGUCUUCUUUUGGCCCGGAUGAACCGAUUUCGUUUGUGGGUCAGGAUAGUGUUCCUCUUGAAGGGGUUAUACAGUUUGAGAAACCUGAUUCUAAUAACUUUAGGGACAAGCUUAAUAAAUGGGGCUGGGUGGCGUUGUUAGCUGGUGGAGAUGUUGCGGCUAUUUUAUUGUUCUCUGCAAUUGGAAGGUUCAGUCACGGAUUCUCUGUGUUUGAUCCUGAUACACUGCGAACUGCUGAUCCUUUCAUUGCUGGUUGGCUUUUGAGUGCAUAUUUCCUUGGAGGAUUUGGGGAGGAUGGUAGAGGAAAGAAUGGUCUGUUUAAGGCUUUCAUUGCUGCUACCAAAUCAUGGUCAUUAGGCAUUCCGGUGGGUUUAGCUAUAAGGGCUGCCAGUGUGGGUCAUAUACCACCAGUCAACUUCAUAAUAGUUACCAUGGGGAGUACUGCUGUAUUACUUAUUGGAUGGAGGACACUCUUGUUCAGUAUUUUACCAACCGACAAGCCGAAGAAGAAUGAUGUUUAUAAGAGCGGAAGCCCUUUUGAACUUUUUGAGUUGUUGACAUCGUUGGUAAGAAGAUGGUGAUUGUGGUAGCCGUGCAGGCGACGUUUUAUUGCUGAUUAUAUUCUUUCUAACGGAAAUUUUCCAGCAUGUACAUGUCAUUUCUCGUUAUUAUAUGUACAUGUAAGAGACUUGACUAGUGCAGCUCGUUCGUCUGAAUAACAAUGGAAGAAACUACAGUUUCCAUC